AGGGCUGCGAUUUCCGCUUCCGGCGAGCGAGGCGAUGGUGGAGGCGGGAGGCGGCGGCGCCAUGAGUCUCCUCAGGCCGCUCCCGCCGCCGGCCGAGGGCGUUCGCCACCAGCAGCCUGACACCGAGGCGGUGCUGGCGGGGCGCAGCCUGGGCGCCGGCACCCUUUACAUCGCCGAGAGUCGCCUCUCUUGGCUGGAAAACUCAGGAGUUGGCUUCUCCUUGGAUUAUCCCACCAUCAGUUUACACGCCGUCUCCAGGGACCUGGCCGCCUACCCCUGCGAGCACUUGUACGUGAUGGUGAAUGCCAAGUUUGAAGAAGAGGAGACAAAAGAGGUGCCUGUGGAGGAAGGGGAGGAGGAAGACAGUGAUGAUGAUGCUGAACCAAUUGCAGAAUUCAGAUUUGUACCCAGCGACAAAUCAGCCUUGGAAGCCAUGUUUUCAGCCAUGUGUGAAUGCCAAGCUCUGCACCCAGACCCAGAUGAUGAAGAUUCAGACAAUGAUUAUGAAGGGGACGAGUACGAUGUUGAGGCCCAUGAGCUGGGACAAGGUGACAUCCCGACCUUUUACACUUAUGAAGAAGGAUUGUCACAUUUAACUGCAGAGGGUCAGGCCACCCUGGAGAGGUUAGAAGGCAUGUUAGCCCAGUCUGUCAGCAGCCAGUACAACAUGGCUGGAGUGAGAACAGAAGACUCAGUAAGAGAGUUUGAAGAUGGGAUGGAGGUGGACAUAGCACCGGUAGUUGCGGGGCAGUUUGAAGAUGCAGAAGUUGAUCACUGAGGAGGACAUCUGCUGCUAUUCCUCUUGUGGCACUUCCAGAAUAAGCUGUAAAACUGAAGGUGUUGCAGUGACUAUCGGGAGUUAACAAUUCUUUUAAUGACCUAAGCUUAGACAUCUAGGUCUAUAAAUGCUUUUUAGAGAUGUUUAAACCAGGGUUUGACAUUUGUGACCACUAUGGGGUUAUUUAAAACAAAACAAACAAACAAAAAACAAUAAAACCUCUUCCAUCUAACACUUGAAUGGGGCUAAUCAGGGGCCAUUUCAAAGAAGCCUUUUUAGGAAUUCUAGGACUAUCAGAAAGAAAACUGUGAGUAGAACAGAAUUUUAGAUUGUCCUAGAAUUUUCCAUAUUUUUAUACCUGUUUGUUGCAUCGGUGGAGUAAAAUUGAAAUAGAAAUGUUACCAAGUCCAACUCAAAUCAAAUAGGGUUUGCCAAGGUUUAAAAACAAAGCUAAAUUUAAUGCCCCCCAAAUAUAACUGGCUUUAUCAGCUCAGUGCUGUCCCUUUCAUUUCUCUGUGAGCAGAGUUUGAGUGGUACAGGAGGUGGAAUAAAGUCUGUACAGUCCUGAAAAUGAGAACUGCUUUGUGUCUUUGUCUUAAAUGUUAACAACGUUGUUAAAUAAACUUAAGAUUUUUGUAUCUCACAACCA